CGCAGAGCGGGCCGGCGGCCAUUUUGUGAGGCGGCAUCGGAGGUGCUUGGCUGCAGUGGGCUCCGGGAAGCCAUUCGGGCUGGGGCUAUCGGCCGCGGGGCUGAGGCACUCGCACGGGGGGUAACUCGGGUCUGGGUUCUGGUGCCGCGCAAGCUCUCCCCGUCUAAAAGUUGGUUUUAAUUGGUUGCCCACAGGAUUGACUUGGCCUCUACUUCUUAAGAAAAUACAUCUCUUGUUUUACAAGGUGUGUGUGGUUUCAGCGCAGCAUGGCUGUGGUCAUCCGCUUGCAAGGUCUCCCAAUUGUGGCGGGGACCAUGGACAUUCGCCACUUCUUCUCUGGAUUGACCAUCCCUGAUGGGGGCGUGCAUAUUGUAGGGGGUGAACUGGGUGAGGCUUUCAUCGUUUUUGCCACUGAUGAAGAUGCAAGGCUUGGUAUGAUGCGCACAGGUGGUGCAAUUAAAGGGUCAAAAGUAACACUGUUAUUGAGUAGUAAAACAGAAAUGCAGAAUAUGAUUGAACUGAGUCGUAGGCGUUUUGAAACUGCCAACUUAGAUAUACCACCAGCAAAUGCUAGUAGAUCAGGACCACCACCUAGCUCAGGGAUGAGCAGCAGGGUAAACUUGCCAGCAACAGCACCCAACUUUAAUAAUCCUUCGCCAAGUGUAGUUACUGCUACCACUUCUGUUCAUGAGAGCAGCAAAAACAUACAGACAUUUUCCACAGCCAGCGUAGGAACUGCUCCUCCAAGUAUGGGGACUUCGUUUGGGAGUCCAACAUUCAGCUCAACCAUUCCGAGUACAGCUUCUCCAAUGAAAACGGUCCCACCACCACCAAUUCCUCCAAUUCCAGCGAUGCCAUCUUUGCCACCGCUGCCAUCCAUUCCCCCAAUACCAGUUCCUCCUCCAGUACCAACAUUGCCUCCUGUGCCUCCAGUGCCUCCCAUUCCCCCAGUCCCUUCGGUGCCACCUAUUAACCCAUUGCCACCCAUGUCAGGCAUGCCACCCUUGAAUCCACCACCUGUGGCACCUCUACCUGCUGGAAUGAAUGGCUCUGGAGCACCUAUGAGUCUGAACAAUAAUCUGAACCCUGUGUUUCUGGGUCCAUUAAAUCCUGUUAACCCUAUCCAGAUGAACUCUCAAAGCAACGUGAAGUCACUUCCCAUCAACCCUGAUGAUUUGUAUGUCAGUGUGCAUGGAAUGCCCUUUUCUGCAAUGGAAAAUGAUGUCAGAGAGUUUUUCCACGGGCUUCGAGUUGAUGCAGUACAUUUGUUAAAAGAUCACGUAGGUCGAAAUAAUGGGAAUGGAUUGGUUAAGUUUCUCUCACCUCAAGAUACAUUUGAAGCUUUGAAACGGAACAGAAUGCUGAUGAUUCAACGCUAUGUGGAAGUCAGUCCUGCCACAGAGAGACAGUGGGUAGCUGCUGGAGGUCAUAUCACUUUUAAACAAAGUAUGGGGUCUUCUGGACAAGCCCAUCCCCCUCCACAGACACUUCCAAGGUCAAAAUCGCCCAGUGGGCAGAAAAGGUCACGGUCAAGAUCACCACAUGAGGCUGGUUUUUGUGUUUACUUAAAAGGGCUACCAUUUGAAGCCGAAAACAAACAUGUCAUUGAUUUUUUUAAGAAGUUGGAUAUUGUGGAAGAUAGUAUUUAUAUAGCUUAUGGACCCAAUGGGAAAGCAACUGGUGAAGGCUUUGUAGAAUUCAGGAAUGAUGCUGACUAUAAGGCUGCACUGUGCCGUCAUAAACAAUACAUGGGCAAUCGCUUUAUCCAAGUUCAUCCAAUUACUAAGAAAGGUAUGCUAGAAAAGAUAGAUAUGAUUCGAAAACGACUUCAGAACUUCAGCUAUGACCAGAGGGAAAUAGUGUUAAAUCCAGAGGGGGAUGUCAGUUCUGCCAAAGUCUGUGCCCAUAUAACAAACAUUCCAUUCAGCAUUACCAAGAUGGACGUUCUUCAGUUCCUAGAAGGAAUCCCAGUGGAUGAGAAUGCUGUACAUGUUCUUGUUGAUAAUAAUGGGCAAGGUCUAGGGCAAGCACUGGUUCAGUUUAAAACUGAAGAUGAUGCUCGUAAAUCUGAACACUUACACCGUAAAAAACUGAAUGGGAGAGAAGCUUUUGUUCAUAUAGUUACCCUAGAAGAUAUGCGAGAGAUUGAGAAAAAUCCCCCAGCCCAAGGAAAAAAGGGCUUAAAGAUUCCUGUUCCAGGUAAUCCUCCAGUACCAGUGAUGCCUAGUACAGGGAUGCCUGCUGCUGGAAUACCCGGUGCUGGGAUACCUGGUGCCGGAAUGCCGGGUGCUGGAAUGCCUAAUGCGGGUAUGCCCACUGCUGGAAUGCCUGGUGCUGGGAUGCCCAGAGCUGGAAUACCUGGUGCCGGAAUACCUGGUGCCGGAAUACCUGGUGCUGGAAUACCUGGUGCCGGAAUACCUGGUCCCGCAAUGCCCGGUCCAGCAAUACCCGGACCAGCAAUACCCGGUCCCGCCAUGCCUGGUCCUGCAAUGCCUGGUCCCGCGAUACCCGGUCCCGCAAUGCCUGGUGCCGCAAUACCUGGUCCUGCUAUGCCCGGUGCUGGCAUUCCCACUGCAGGAGGAGAAGAGCAUGUCUUCUUGACUGUAGGAUCGAAGGAGGCCAAUAAUGGGCCGCCAUUUAACUUCCCUGGUAAUUUUGGUGGGCCGAAUGCCUUUGGACCACCACUUCCCCCUCCAGGAUUAGGAGGUGCCUUUGGUGAUGUUAGGCCUGUUAUGCCUUCAGUUGGAAACAGUGGUUUGCCUGGCCUAGGACUGGAAGUUCCAGGUUUUGGAGGUGCACCAAAUAAUUUAAGUGGGCCGUCAGGAUUUGGGGGGAUCCCUCAGAAUUUUGGAAAUGGCCCUGGUAGUUUAAGUGCUCCUCCUGGUUUUGGAAGUGGACCCCCUGGUCUUGGAAACGUUCCUGGGCAUUUGAGUGGGCCUCCAGCAUUUGGGCCUGGGCCUGGGCCUGGCCCAAUACAUAUUGGGGGUCCCCCUGGCUUUGCAGCUAGCUCUGGAAAACCAGGACCUACAAUAAUCAAGGUGCAGAACAUGCCUUUUACUGUAUCUAUUGAUGAAAUUUUAGAUUUCUUCUAUGGUUAUCAGGUAAUCCCAGGUUCAGUAUGUUUAAAAUACAAUGAAAAAGGUAUGCCUACAGGUGAAGCCAUGGUGGCCUUUGAAUCGCGGGAUGAAGCCACUGCUGCCGUCAUUGACUUAAAUGAUAGGCCUAUAGGUUCGAGAAAGGUAAAGCUUAUGGCCCACUGUGUGACCUUGGUUCAGCUGUCCAUUUCCUGUGACCAUCUUAUUGACAAGGACAUCGGCUCCAAAUCUGACCCACUCUGUGUCCUUUUACAGGAUGUGGGAGGGGGCACCUGGGCUGAGCUUUGCCGGACUGAGCGGGUCCGGAACUGCUCAAGCCCUGUGUUCUCCAAGACUCUGCAGAUUGAGUACCACUUUGAGACUGUUCAAAAGCUACGCUUUGGAAUCUAUGACAUUGACAACAAGACACCAGAGCUGGGGGACGAUGACUUCCUAGGGGGAGCUGAGUGUUCCCUAGGUCAGAUUGUGUCCAGUGGGACUCUGACUCUCCCCUUGAUGUUGAAGCCGGGGAAGCCUGCCGGGCGGGGAACCAUUACAGUUUCAGCCCAGGAGUUAAAGGACAGCCGUGUAGUAACCAUGGAGGUGGAAGCUAGGAACCUGGAUAAGAAGGACUUCCUAGGAAAAUCUGAUCCAUUCUUGGAGUUCUUCCGCCAAGGUGAUGGAAAGUGGCACCUGGCAUACAGAUCUGAGGUAAUCAAGAACAACCUGAACCCGACAUGGAAGCGCUUCUCAGUUCCUCUUCAGCAUUUCUGUGGUGGGGACCCAGACACACCCAUCCAGGUACGCUGCUCAGACUAUGACAGUGACGGGUCACAUGAUCUCAUUGGUACCUUCCACACCACUUUGGCCCAACUUCAAGCAGUCCCGGCUGAAUUUGAAUGUAUCCACCCUGAGAAGCAGCAGAAAAAGAAAAGCUACAAGAACUCUGGAAUUGUCUAUGUCAAGACUUGCCGGGUAGAAACAGAGUAUUCCUUCCUGGACUAUGUGAUGGGAGGCUGCCAAAUCAACUUUACUGUGGGCGUAGACUUCACUGGCUCCAAUGGAGACCCAUCCUCACCUGACUCCCUGCACUAUCUGAGCCCGUCAGGAGUCAAUGAGUACCUGACAGCACUGUGGAGUGUGGGCAGUGUGGUUCAAGACUACGACUCAGACAAGCUGUUUCCAGCAUUUGGAUUUGGGGCCCAGGUACCCCCUAAUUGGCAGGUCUCACAUGAAUUUGCCUUGAACUUCAAUCCCAGUAAUCCCUUCUGCGCAGGCAUCCAGGGUAUUGUAGAUGCCUACCGUCAAGCACUGCCCCAAGUUCGUCUCUAUGGCCCUACCAACUUUGCACCCAUCAUCAACCACGUGGCUAGGUUCGCAGCCCAGGCUGCGCAGCAGAGGACUGCCUCGCAAUACUUCAUACUGUUGCUUUUGACUGAUGGCGCUGUGACAGACGUGGAGGCCACAUGUGAGGCUGUGGUGCAAGCCUCAAAGCUGCCCAUGUCCGUGAUCAUUGUGGGCGUGGGUGGGGCUGACUUUGAGCUCAUGGAACAACUGGAUGCUGAUGGUGGCCCUCUUCGUUCACGCCGUGGAGAAGCAGCUGUCCGUGACAUAGUGCAGUUUGUGCCUUAUCGACGAUUUCAGAAUGCUCCACGGGAGACAUUAGCACAGACUGUACUUGCAGAAGUGCCUACUCAGCUGGUUUCCUACUUCAGAGCCCAAGGUUGGGCCCCAUUGAAGGCACCUCCAGCUCCAGCCAAGGGCCCUGCACAGCCCCCCCAGGCAUAGGUUCCCUUGGAGAGUAGGCUAUGGUCAGUCUAUUUCAGCCUUUAGCCCACUCAGUCCUUUAGGCCGUGGACCAACCCUGCACAUUUUUCCCAUAUAGUUGAUACGUUUAUACUUGCUUCUGCUAUUGCUGCUCUUGACCAACCUACCUGCCCUGGACCCAUCUCAUUCAGGAAAGGCUAGUAUAAAGAUCACCCCUUUCUCGGGGUUACACACUGGUAUAGACAGCCUUGCUUACUAUGACCCGAGUCUUUGUUGGCCUUGGCCUUGUUGAGUGAAAGUCUGAUAACCCUAUCUAUCCAAGCAAAUUGGGUCUAAUCACUAACAUUGAAUGAGACUAACAUUGAAAACAAAGUUGGUAUAAAGUAAGAUAAAGUAAGCAUGUGGUUGUCCCUUCCUCUGGGUGUACCUGAGCUCGGAACAUGAUCAAGAUGGAAGGUGUUAGAGGUGGCGAAGCUGAGAGAGUGAGGGCUACUAGACCUCCUGUGCUAGGUUUGUUCCCCUGUUCUUUGGGAACAUUUGUGUAGCCCAGGAUGGCCUGCAGUUCACCAUCUGCCUUAACCUCACGGAUGCUGGAAUGUGCUACUGUGCCUGGUUCAUAGUCCUAAUUUUUUUUGUUUUGCCUUUUAUUUAUUUAUUUUUUUUGACUUAAGGUCUCAUGUAGUUCAGGCUGGCCUGGCCCUACAUGUGUAGACAAGGAUGUCUUAAAUUUCUGGUCCUCUUACCUCCAUCUCCUGAGUGCUAGGAUUAUAAGCAUGCCCCACUAUGUACAGCUUAGUAGCUUUUUUAUAUUAGAGAUUUAACAUAUAUAUUCAUUUUUUAAAAACUUUAUAGGAGGGACACAUCUUAACCACAUUGCCCAGGCUGACUUCAGACUCUUUGGACUCAAGAGAUCCUCCUUCCUUAGCUAAUGGAGUAGAUGAAACUAUGGUACACUUAGUGCCUGGUUUGGAAAAACAGAUUUUCUUUUGCAGGGAGGAAGGGAACUUUUAAGUGCAGAAUUAAAAUUUCACCCAAUCUGCCCGUCAGUCAUGGUUGUGACUGAAGUAUUUUAAAAUUUGUUUUCUAAUCUGAUAAAACAUUGUUUAAAAACUGGGUGUGGUGGCACAUACAUUUAAUCCCAGCGCUCAGGAGGCAGAGGCAGGUGGAUCUUUUGAGUUUGAGGUCAGUUUGUUCUACAGAGAAAGUUCCAGAACAGCAAGAGAGCAAGACAAACCCUGUGUCCAAAAAAAAGGAAAAAAUGGUUUCAAAUAUCAGUAUCUCAUAAAAAUAGUUGCCUGGGCAAGUGGUGCACACCUUUAACCUCAGCACUUGUGAGGCAGUGACACUCAACUUUUUGAGUUGAGGCCAACCAACCUGGUCUACAAAGCGAGGACUGUUACACAGAGAAACCCAGUCUCUGGGCAAGGGAGGAGGGGAGAUAAUGGGAACAAUGAUUGGUGUCAUGGCUGUGAUGCCAACAUUGGAGUCAAGGCAGGUGGGUGGCUGCAGGUUUGAUGUGGACUCACUUUAUACUAGGAGUUUCAGAUCAGACAAAAGAACUUUAAAAUAUCACAUAUACUCUUUGUAUCUGGUUUGCAUUUAUUUUAGAUGCCUUAUCACAACUGCCUUGUCUCCUUUUCCAAGUCACCUUCUUCCCCAGAUCUCACAUUUUUAGUUUGAAUUUAUUUCCGUACCUACAUAUGGCUAGGUGUCAUUCCUACCUUGACUUUUUUCUCAGUAGCCUCUUCAUGGGCUUUGUCAGAGUCUUCAUUCUGUUGUUCAAACUAUUUUCCCCUCAGUUUUUACUGUUUCAUAUUUUUAUAUUCAAUAUGAAAAUUUUAUUUUUAUAUAUGCUAAUCUGCUUUUAAAAGUGUAUCCGUUUAUCAAUAAAUACUCCUUCAGUG